AUGACCGGCACGAAGGGCAGAGGCCGGGGCUCCGUGGCCGCGCGGUAUGCGCGCGCCAACGCGCUGGUGGGGUCCGUGCUGAACAAGUUCCACAAUGGGUCGGAGCGGGCGGUGGACCCGUUCGUGAUCCGCACGCUGAAGGAGCACGAGCCGCGGCUGCUGGGCAUCCGGUGCUUCGUGGAGCAGGGGCCAGCGGAGGACAGUCGACGCGCCAAGGACGAGUCGCACGUGGUCAACCACACGACGCACGCGUCGGGCAUUUUCGGGCUCUUCACAGUCUGCGGGGGGUUGUUCGGACCGGGGGUAAUCAUGCGUCAGUGGGAUGCGUGCAGCGGAACGGAGGGCGACACGGACGAGCGGGAGGCCGCCAUGGCGGAGUACGUGGCUACGGUGGACAAGAUGCUGCCUGGGUGGGACGAGAGCCUGCCGGACCACCCCGUUGCCAGCACGGACCGCUUCUGGGAGGACGAUGCGACGGCGACGAACUGUCCGCUGUGCUUCGUCGCCUUCUCCAUCCUGGAGGUCGCCUUGUGUCCAGGCGCGCCGCUGCGCGCGCAGCGCGUGUGCACGCCGUGCUAUCAGGCGGAGUACCGUGCCCAGCAGCUUCGAGAAGCGAGGAAAAUCAGCCGCGAGAACCAGGAACUCGAGCAGAGGAUUCGCGCGGUGCUGUCUACAGCGAAGCAGACACUUGCGGCCAAGCAGCAGGAGGAACAGAAAUUGCGCGCGCUGGCGAUUGACGCGGGCUGCGACGUACAGGCUCUCGAUGAGGCUAUUCAGAAGCAGCACGGCGGAUCCCCCAUAGGCUCCGCGUCAAUGGAGCUGCGAACGCCGCCAGCAGCGCACCGAUUCGCACCAACGCAAACCUCGGUGGAAGCCUCAAACCAGCUCGCUCUGGCUCAUCGGCAACUAACGAUGAGCUUCAAGAUGGCGCAAUGUCGUGCUCAUCGGGUGCUCGACAAGAUGAACGCAACAAUCGCGGCGUUGCGAGAUGCUGUGAACACUCAAAAGUCGACGAACAACAGGUCGCCAUCGCCUGAUCAUGAAGACAACGGAUGGAGCGCCAUGAUUCGCCACACGGACAGUUUCCUCACGCAAACCGAUCGGGAGGCGCUGCAAGUUGUUCCGGAUGAGCUCUACAGCCGUUUACGCUCUCGAAGUAGCAGCUCCGUUGACAACUCGGCUGCAUCGGACCAAAGUAUUGCCAUGCUGUGGCAGACGGAGUGUCUGAAAGAUAAUCGGACGCGGACUUUUGUCACAGACUUGGCUGAAGCUGUGCGUGCCAGGCUAGAUGCUUCGUCAGGGUCAGAUACUGAAGACUCGGACGCGAAUGAGGCACCCGUGGCCACGUCACGUCCGUUGUGGGAACAGCCUGUGCAGACUACAGCUAAUGCUAGCCCAGCGUCCAAUUCGGUACCGACUUCUUUGGAGCUUGAGAAGGUGUACGAGCUCAUCUGUACACAGUGCGAAACGGGGCCAGCGUCGGAAUGGGAUGAACAGAUUCGCCUCGAUGUCACGAGAACAUUCGGGAUAUCCGCGCGGCGGCAGCACCGCAAGAGCAUAGACCCUACUUCACGUGCUAUAUGCCAUUCGAACGGCGUCGCAAUUCCACUCGAGAGACGGCAAGCAGCGCUGCAGAAUGUGCUUCGGGCUUGUGCUAGCGUGGAUACCGAAGUCGGGUACUGCCAGGGGAUGGAUCACGUCGCGGCGUUGAUGCUGGCUGUGAGUGACUGGAACGAAGCGCGUGCAUUCUGGUUGCUUGUUAGCCUCCUUGCAUCCCCACGGUUCGAGCUUGAGAGACUGUAUGGGCCAGGACUGCCGCAUCUAACUCUCCGCUGCUUCCAGCACUUUCAGGCUAUCGACUUCCCAAUCAGCAUCGUUGCAACAGGGUGGUUUAUGACUCUUUUCACCAACAUGGAGGCGCUGUCCUACGACAGACCCAUUCUUGCCAGCUCUUUUGACGAGAUCCCUCGCCUGUUUUACGACAUCCAGGAGUAUGCGCCUCGACUCAUGGACGCGGGAUACGUCCUCACGCAAUCAGCAAAGUUCGAGGUGUCUGAUCGAAUGUUGAAGCGUUUGCACAACGAGUUCGAAGAGGAGACACCGACAGCAGAACCAUCCACCAGCAAGAUUGCACGACCUCCCAAACUUACCCCCAAGAACGACAGUCUCACAGGCCGACGCACUACAAACCAGCGCCCUCAGAAAAGAAGAGCAUCGCUUCCGCCUUCCUAUCUGCGGCCAGAAGCUCGACAAGAACGACAGUUUGUGUCACGAGAUCACAUCUCGAAAGCCCCUUCCUCAACAAGGCGAGCCUCUCCGUCGCAAAUGCAGUCACCAGCCGUCGUGUGA